CGUGGAAGUGAAUGUACUCAUCAAAAUGACAAAUUAAAAAAAGUUUUAUUUUUUCUUAUAUUGGUACUAGAUUUUAUUGAUUGUUUUCUUUCAUAAAAGAUUUUUGGCCAGACGGCGACUGAAAUUGCAAGUUACUGUGAUAUAUUUAUUUUCAUUAAUUAACUAUUAUUAUCAACCAAUUAAAUGAGCAGGGAUAUCAAGUUAUGUCUAUAAGUAAUGGAAGGUACAGAACUGGGUGGCGACCAGCAAUUCUGUUUGAGAUGGAACAAUUUUCAAGCAAAUAUAACUUCUCAAUUCGAGGCACUGCGCGAUGAUGAGGACUUCGUGGACGUCACUCUGGCUUGCGAAGGUCACAGGCUGGAGGCUCACAAAGUGGUUCUUUCUGCAUGUAGUCCUUAUUUUAAGGAAUUAUUCAAAAACAAUCCAUGUCCUCACCCUAUAAUAUUCAUGCGCGACUGCGAGGUGUCGCAUGUGCGCGCUCUCCUGCAGUUCAUGUACGUGGGACAAGUGAACAUUGCUCAGGCGCAACUCAGCGCCUUCCUGCGCACCGCCGACGCACUUCAGAUCCGUGGCCUGACAGACUGUUCGCAACACAACGAUAAAAAAGUAAACCGUAAAUCUCCUCCUUCCCAACUACGUAAUUUGCUAAGCGCCAAGCCGUCACAUUCUACCUCUUCUUCCAAAGCCGCAAGCCAAAAUGUUGAGUCGACUUCUGCUGAAGAACAAGAUAAGAUUGCAGGUCGCCAGUCAGCUAGAAAUUCUCCCGAAGUUGCCAGAAAUAAUCUCAACGAAGAAGCUCCCUUUCAAACUUCUAGUCAAAUGAGGCCUAAUAAUGAUGACUAUAGCGAAACUUGCAACUACCCUACCGUAAGGGUGAAAACUGAUCUCGAAGCACUCGAAGUAAAAAAUGAAGAGAGCGAUAUUCUAAUGGACCCUGGGGACGCAGAAAGGGCGGACAAAUGUCAAGAUUUUAACGCGUCCGAUCUUUUGGAACCUAAAAUGGAAGUAAUGGAACAGGAGGCUAGCGACGAUGAACGUUCCAGUUUUCCUCCCAUUUACUAUGAAAACAACGCGCUAGCUAACCCUUUUGCUGCAAUGCAGGGAAACGUGGAUCUCAUUAGUGGAAUGAAUGCCGACCUGCGGGACGGGGACAGCGGCGAAGGCCGGUGGGACGGGCGGCGUAACCGGCCGGUACCGGACGCGGUAUGGCUCGAACAACACCGGCGCGCGUUGCCGUUCGUGCUCAAGCGAGAGAACGAGCGUGGAGCCGCAGCGCCCCGACUUAUAAAACUGGGCGAAGGCGUGGAGAUUCGCGAAGAGUUGCUACGCGGCGUCAAAUGGGGGGAUUAUAGGAAAGUGACUCGUGGUCUGGCGGCCGCGCUCUUUUCGCCCAUCGAGCUGGCCACCUGCUCCGUAACGGGGCAGCGUUGGUCGCGUGCGGGGCAAGAGUCGCGGCCGACGAAGCCGCCCCUAGACCGACGCCGGGUGCACGCACUCAUCUCCUACGUUAGCCGCCACUUCCCCGACGUCGAAGUGAGCAGGAUAAAGCAAGUGCUAGCCUACAAGUGCAAGGAGAACUGCGCCGCGCUCAGGAUGAGAACCGCCAGGUUGUCGAAUUGUUUCAGCGAGUCCACCAACUACCUGCUCAACGCGGCCACGCGGCCUCCGCCCUGCGACGACGCGCCCAGUGGCAGCUCGCGCCCUUCCUACUCUAGUUUUGAUUCGUCUAAGGGGCAAGGGCAGGGCCCGGGGCCGGGCGGGGAGGAGGCGCGCGGUGCGGGGGAGGAGGGGGCGCAGUGAGCCUGUUGCAUAUCAAUUUCAUAAUCUUGUUAUUUUUUACCAAAAAUAAGAGAAAAAUCGAACGAUACUCAUGGACAGCGGCCGGGCGCAGCGCGCGCGCCGGCUCCGGUACAGAGAUAUAUAUUUAUCGGCGCGCGCGCUGCGACCCGCGCCGUCGCACGUGUAAAAUAUUCAUAUUUAUUUAGGUGAUAUUUUUCUAUUGGCUACUGAUAAGAUUUUAUCUCGUUAUGUAUCCGCCGGCCACGCCGGGGUACAUUGUCGUAUGUAAGGAUGUGGUAUGGAGUCGUGCCCGAAGCUCUAGCAAUAAUUUAUCAGGUUCCUAAGACAUGUUUCGUAGUUAGGUUCUAUUUGCACGAAUAUUUCGCGAACACUGCCGCUUGUUUUCUUAAUUUUUUUCGAUGAUAUUAGUCGUUUAGUCGCUUCCUUUUUACUUUACGUAAAGUCAUUAUCGGAGUUAUGUUGAAAAUUUGUAUAUGAGGCAUUUAAGUGCUGUACGAGGGACCGUUGCAAUUGCAAAGUAAAUAUAUCAAAAUGGCAUAAUUUUUAGGACUAACAUAGAGAUAUUAUAGUCAUUUCGUUUUAUAGGUGUAAAUGAUAAAGAAUUUAUUUUGGAGUGUCAGGUUUGGAUUUGUAAAGUCUUUGGAGAGCUGUGAUCUUGAUGGAUAUAAAUAAAGCAGUCAUAUUUUUAAAAUAUAAAUUAAGAGUUAUUACGUAAUUAAUACCGGAUGUACAGAAUAACUGUAUGAUGGUUAUGUUGUGGGUGUAAAUGGUAAUAAGUAAUCGUCCGUUAGCUUUCACUCCGCACCAGGCACCAAAACAGAACAGUCGUCAAUUGUGGGUUGCGGGUGAGGAGCGGUCCCACACAUCGCGCACGGAUGAAUUUAUCAUAUCAAAAAAGCAAUAACUAUUAUUUGAUAAAGCUAUUUUUAAUUUUUAAAACUAUUUUAAAGUUGUUAUUAAUGUAGUUAGUAAAUUAAAAAAAUAAUAAUACAUCAGAGUCCACAGUCAUCCUUAUAGUUCUUUUGAACAAUAACUAAAUCCUCAUAAUAAAUUGUGUCUCACAUUUAAUACGUCAUAUCACUAUAUUAUAUUACUUAGGUUUUUGAUUAUUGAAUUAUGAAUGUAUGGCAAUCAUUAUGCGUAGAUCCGGCCACGGUAACGUUGAUUUUGGGACUGUCUUGUUUUAAUCGUACUCUCACAUCAAUUCUUAAGUAUAGUGAAUAUGCCGAUCUCUCGGCCGGAUUAGUAAUAAGGAUAUUGCAACACUAAAACAAGAACAAUUAUAAAAAAAAACACCUUAUGACAGUGCAGCAUUCAAGUUACAGAUUAAAAAUUGGUGUACCUAUGAAUAACUUACAGUUACCAGACUUAGGAUAUUUUAGUAGACACGCAGUGCUACGUAGUGAAUUCUUACUAACUUAUAAUAUUUUGCGAUGCCAAUUAAAAAGUCUAAAUGCUCAAUUUUGCCAAAUUUACUUGCCGAGAUGCGUCUUGUCUAUUAUUUUCGUGUAUUUAUUGUCCUUUAGGAUGUGAUUCCCAUCAGACUAAUGAAUUUUAGAUAAUUUAAACAAUAUGGGAAUGAGUACAUUGCUCAAUAUGGAGUGCGUCUUUGAAAUGGGAUUAUGUAAAAUAUCAUUAAAAAAAUAAUUGGAAAUUUUUGGCCCAAUCGAAGUUAUAUCAUUAGGAAAAUAAAUUUUAACUUAAAAAGUAAUUAUAAAUUUAGGGAAGAGAAAUGGAAAGGUUUAAACAAUUUGCAAAUGUAAACAUUAUGCGACGAACGCGCGAGAUGCAAUAUGUUAAUUUAGUGCCAAAUGAUAUAAGUUAACUCGUAGCAAUAUAUUGUAUCCUAAUGCUCUUGUGUAAUUUCUCACGUAGUGUUAAUAACCUAUGAGGUUUCAAAGGUUUCUUUUACAAGACUAUAUAAUAAUAUAUUUAUACAGGGAAAGUGUUAGGUAAUGUAUUGUUGUUCGGAAUUAUGAGUGUUGUUGAGGUAUAAUACUCAUUGUGGCAGGGUGUAAAAAUAAAAGUAACAUAUCCAAAUUACGUAAAACGUCAAUGCGGUGUUGUCCAUGAUAAGAAGUGCACAACCUUUUCUACCCUAGUCUAGUAUUUUGAUAUGUAUGUUAGGUGACAUCGCAAUAACACGCGCCCAAACCAUAAUAGGGGCAUAUACAAUAUCGAAGAAGGCACUUUCUUUAGUAUCAUGCCGUUAUUUUUACACUCUGAUCUGUACAUAGCACUGAAUGAGCAAUGGAACAAGAGAAUUUAUUUACUCAAAUAGUUUUUUUUUAUUAUCUAUUGUAUUUUUUUUUACUAAUGUAAUAAUUAUUAUUUUGCAUUUUAUGAACUGUAGUGGCAGCUGUCCAUAUACCUACAGUAACGAUUCGUCAAUUUAAUAAAAAAUCAUUAGGAUUUCAUGAAUAUUUACUACAAAAUGAUACAUCGAACAUGACACAUGGGGCACAAAUAAUAUUUGUAACAAAAAGAUUUAGUUUUAUUUGCUUGCUUAUUUUAAGGUACGAUACGAUAGACGAUCCGUUAAUAUUAUUGAUGCUGACUUGGUGUCUGAUGAUGAUAUAGAUAGGUGAAACCCUAAUGGCAAGUUAAUUUUCAAUGAGCAGAUGUAUAAUGUAACUUUAUAAAAAAGAGAACAACAUCGAAGCCACUGUGCUGAGAGUGCACAGUGUUGUGCCAAAAUUACGUACUAGUCUUUAAAAACAAAUGUUGUUAUCAUUUUCAGAUUUUAUUUAGUCCAGAAUGUGUUUGUUCCUGUGCUGUGAAACAUAUUAUUUCAAACAAAUCAACACGAUACGAGGGCGCAUGAUGUGGUUGUAAUUUUUCUGUUACACUUUGAUAGUCAAAAUAAACGGAUCUGUUUGACGAGUCAAAUAAUUUUAUAAGUAUGUAUAGUUAUUAAUAUUAUAAAGUCGACCACAUUGUGUUUAAGGUUAAGAAAUAUUAAUAGGAUACGUUAGUCAUUUUAUAAGACUACUUUUUCUAAACCGACUAAAACUAUUUAUAUUUUAAAGUUGUUAAUGCUUUUUGUUCUUAAAUUAUAUUCUUAUUUUGUAUGUUGGGGUGUCUGAUUGUCUUUGAGAUAUCUUGUGAUGAUUCUGUAACUCUGAUGUCAAAUGUCUAAAAAAAACGAAAUACGUAACAGAACUCUGCCUUUAUGAAUUCCAACUCAAAAUAAUAAAAUUUAAUGUAUUUAUACUACCGACAUAUUAUUUUUUAAUUCUGUAUCAAAUACAGACCUCUGGUACUAGAAGUAUCAUUCAUAUUUUUUUUUCAGUUGAUUUUGAAAAGAUACAAUAUCAUCGGUAAGUAGUUUUAUAUUGUGAUCUAGCGUUCUACUAUAUAGAUGACGUGGUUUCUGUUAACUGUAUAAUAGUCUAGUCUCGUCAACUUUUAUAAACAGUUCGAACAUUUUGAUAAAUAAAUAAAACCAUAGCGGCCUCUUCCAGAUACAUACGUUAAUAAAUUUUUGAGUUUGAUAAAAAUUAUUGUGUAACUUUAUUUGCAAUAAAAUAGAAUAGAAUUAUUGAAAUAAAUAAUUAUGCUUUUUCAAAAACAAAAUAUUUUUCAACACAUUUGCUCAAAAAAUGCAUUUUUCGAAAAUUCAAAAUUAGGGCCCAUACAGCGAAGCGUGCGUAAAAUUCAUUACACACGCUCCCAUACAUAGCACCGUGCGUAUUCUUUAUGGUUUCUUUUUUAUUUCCAUCGUCCUCCUCCUCGGAAGCACUUUUAUUCUUUGUCUCACUUUAAUAAUAAUAAGAAAAAGAGACGAAAGAUGUAGUUCUAAAUUUCACGUGGCGCCAUUAAGAAAUGCGCACUAUUUUCUUAUUAGAAAAAAAUUGCUUCAUUACUUAAAUUAUGUAUAAUGUUUUCUGGCCAAUGUGUUGAAAAACGUUGUAUGACAUUCGUGCGGAUUGGUAUUUACAAACUCUUAACUAUGGUAAACCCUUGACUUCAUGUCUCAGGCUUACAUUCGUCUACUCGUUUGUAAAUAAGCAACUUACCGCACUAAUAUCAUAAGUAACUAUUAGGUAUCUACUUACUUUAAAUUACAUUCGUGUUUCAUCCCACUGUCAUCUAUAUUGUAUCCUAACUUCCUAAAAAGUGUCAUUACAUGAGUCAAUAAGAUUGUUAAGAAAAUACGAAAAGUUGUGUUGGUUUGUUGUUAUAUUUAAUAGUAUUUAUAAAAUGCACAUAAUAAUAAUUUAGCUUUUAGCUUGUGCAAUAUUAUUAUUCCAAAUUGUUUAUAAAAUCUGUUAUAAUUUCUUCGUAAAUUGUUAUUAAAUAUUUUUAUAAACUUAAAAGACAAAGGCAACCGAAAUUAUAUUUUCGUUGUGCAUUUAUUUCUAAUUUUUAUGGUAUUUACCACAAACUCAUUGUGGACUGUAACGUCUGCAUCUGUCAAAACCUGUUAAUUAGGUACAUAACAUAGAUUUUUUUAUAUAUUCUGAUAUUGUGAGUCAAUUCUAGUAAUGUUAAUAAGUUAUGAUGUUUCCUUUUUGUUUAGAAUAAUUUACAUUUAUGAACAAAUUUUUACUAAAGUUGCUCAACCAAGAUGCAAUGAUAACUCGAUAAUAACUACAAUUUAGACAAGAUAUAAUUUUAUGUAACAUUUUUUGUAUGAUUAUUUAUCUGAUAUUUCAGUUUAUAUUUUGUGAGUUAUGGCAGCGCAUGUUAAUCUUAUGUUUAUUCUUAAGAGAGGCCAAAUGUUGACUUGCUUAUGUGAGACUGUUUUGCCAAGAAUGAGAAAGUAUAUUAAUUACCUACAUUGUUUUAAAAUAAAUGCUUUUAUAUAAAAAUACUGUCUUAUUUUAGUAACUGUAGGC